AUGAAGAUGAAGGUUUAUGAUUUGGUUACGGAUUCGUGGGAGACGAUUAACGGACCGGAAUUGCUUGAACAGAUUUGUAGACCGUUUUCAGUUAACUAUUAUGGGAACAUAGUAUAUGUGGUUGGUCGGAAUCUUCAUCUCGUGGUUGGGAAUAUUUGGAAGUCGGAAAAUAAGUUUGGAGUGAGAUGGGAGGUGGUGGAUUCACCGGAGCGUUAUGUAAAUAUAACUCCGUCGAAUUCUCAAGUUCUCUUUGCUUAA